AUGUUGCUUAGAUCUAUUAUAUUCAAAAGAUGCUAUUCAUCACUACCAUCACCUCCACCUGCUAAAGGACAUUUGGUACUGCCCAACAAAUCACUAAUCUCAAUAACUGGUUAUGAUUCAACAAAGUUUCUAAAUGGGUUAGUUACUGCUAAAUUAAUACCAAAUUCUGUAAAGAAGAAAACAAUGACUUUAUCCACAGAUACUAAAGAUGAUUCAUUAUAUUUGGAUCAAUUUGAUGUAACAAAUACCAAUUGGGGGCUUUUAAAAGAAUCAAAAGAAUCUGGAAAUCAAACAAUAACAAGAAAUGGGGUGUAUUCAAUGUUUUUGAAUUCAAAAGGAAGAAUAAUAACUGAUAAUUUCAUUUAUCCUUGGCCAAUAAUACCUAAAUCAAUUGAAGGAACUCCUAAAUAUCUUAUUGAAAUUGAUAAGGGCGUUACAAGUCAAUUAAUCAUGAGCUUAAAACUUCAUAAAUUGAAAGCUAGAAUCAAUAUUGAAAAAUUUGAUGAUUUUAAAAUUUGGUAUUUUUAUAACGAUGAUAAACAAGAUUAUUUAUUUGAAUUGAAAGAAAAGUAUUUUAAUGAAGAAUCAAUGGAUUUGAAAAAUCCAGAGAGUGUGCUAUCAAAUACAGAGAAAUUCUUUAAUGAAUCAAGUUUUUGGAAUACAGAGUUAAAUUAUAACCAAGAUAUUUUAGCAUUUGCAUUUGAUGAUAGAUGUCCAGAAUUUGGUAUUAAAAUCAUCACAACUACAAAUAUUAAUUCAAUUGAUGAAAUAUUAUCAAAAGAUUUAUUACAAGACUCCAAAGAGAUUUCCCCAGAUCAAUUAUCAAUUAGAAGAUCAUUAUUUGGUAUCCCCGAGGGACUUGAAGAUAUACUUCCAAACCAAUUAUUACCAUUAGAAUCAAAUCUUGAAUUAAUGGAUGGUGUUCAUUUUGAUAAAGGUUGUUACCUUGGACAAGAAUUAACCGUUAGAACUUUCCAUACUGGUAUUGUUAGAAAAAGAAUUGUUCCUGUAAGGUUGUUCUUGAUGGAUAAUCAUAAUGAAUUGGAGGAGUAUCCAGUUUAUGAUCCAAAAGAUCCCGUUUGUGAUGUGCUUGAAAAUUUAGGUUAUACUGAUAUAAUUUCUGAUAAGCAACAAGAAUCUCCAAAACAAACAACUGGAUCUUCACCUUUUGGAAACUCCAAACCAUCGAAAACUCGUCAAAGGAAAUCUACUUCAGGUACAUUAUUAUCAACCAAUGGUAAUAUUGGAUUAGCUUUAGUUAGAUUAGAAGAUUUCUCCAACCCAAUGUUGAACUUCAGUAUAGAACUACCAGGAGCAGGUGAGGAUAAUAGUACGUUGAAAGUUGGGUUGAAAGGGUUCAUACCAUAUUGGUGGCCAGAAGAUGUAUAG